AUGGAGCUUAGUGGUAGUGAGGUGGAAUUAGGUAAUGAAGUUGUAUCGCCUUCAUUUUUUAGUAAAUUUCCUAGAUUUAACUGUAACAUUUUAUCAAAUUAUAUGGAUACAAACUCUUUGUCUCCAUAUAAAUCAGAAAACCAAAUAAAAUUAGAAAAGGAACAAAGAAGAAAACUGAAAAAAAUAACUGUUGAGCAAGGACUUCUUGAAAAAUCAGAAGAACUUAAGAAACAUGCGUGGCGUAAUUGGAUGACGAAAUUAGAGAUAGAUUGGCAAUAUUUCAAUUCAUAUCUAGAAACUGAAAAAAAAUGCUGGAUUGAAGAAAGAGAAAGUGAAUGGCAAGAAUGGUUAAAUUCUAUGGAAAAUAAAUGGAUGCAUUAUAACGAAAAUAUGGAUAAUGAAUAUGAGCAAAAUAUUUUAAAUGAAUUGCCAACAUGGGAUGAAAGUACAUGGGAGACAUGGAUUAAGACAGAAGGAAAGAAAUGUAUGUUAAUGGAUUUGAAUAAAUGGAUGCACGAAAAGCAAGUCAUUUGGAAAGAAUGGAUCAUAAAACAAUGGAGAGAAUGGAAAAAAGACAAAAUAUUAACUUGGUUAUUGAAAGACUGGAGACGUGAUGAAUUUGAAUAUUGGGAAAAACUCAAAUAUAUAGAAAUACCAAAUCCGUUAAAUGAAAGAAUCAAAAAAAAUCAACACAAAUGGGAAAAAAGGGUAUCCAUGGAAAAAGCACAAUGGAAUAGUUGGGUUCGUAGUAAAGAAGGUUUAUACUAUAAUGAAUGCAAAAAAUGGAAAAAGCUGAAAGAAGACAAACAGAAUUCUUUUAACGAAUGGGUAGAAGUUUUUAUUAAUAAAUGGAUUAAUAAAAAACAAUGGAAUGUAUGGAAUGAAGAGCGGAAAAAUGUAGUUCCCAAAGAAGAAUGCACCAAUUAA